AUGGUGGCAGCUUUCCGCCUUGCAGAUCGGUGGCUGGAGAUAGCAGCCAGCAACAACUACCGACCUCGCCCUGACAGCGCAGGCAUCAACAGCAAUAUGGACGCCAAAGUGUCGUUGGACAAAGGCGGACUGCCUGCGAAAGACACGGACACACCGUUGCAACCGAUCACGUCCAUCACAUCGACACUCAAGGCUGGAGAGAUUACCGAAGAGCUUCGCGAAGGUUUCAGUGUGUGGUCGCUGGGAGCACUGCUCGUGUGCUUGAUGGCCACGUGGGAGGCUCUUGCAACGGUCGUGGCUUCAGCGUUGACGAAUGGCGGUCCUCCAUGCCUGUUCUACAAUUACAUCAUUUCGUUCCUAGGCACGAUGGCUGUCGCCGCUUCCAUGGCUGAGAUCGCGAGCAUGUAUCCUUCCGCCGGCGGUCAAUAUCACUGGGUAGCAGCCUUUGCACCCACCAAGAUCCGACCAUUCUCUUCGUGGAUUACAGGCUGGAUCAACAUCGGAGGACAGCUCUGUCUCACUGCAUCCGCAGCGCUGUCGGCGGGUCUGCUAUUCCAGGGACUUCUCACACUGAACAAUCCAGACUAUGCCGCUCAGCGCUGGCACGGGGUCAUGUUCUACUGGCUUGUCCUUGCGUACUCCCUGGUUGUCAACGUCUACGGAUCGCGUAUCUUGGCACAAAGCAACAUUGCUGCAGGGGUUCUGCACGUUUUCGGCUUCAUCAUCGUGGUGGUGAUCCUGGGCGCCAUGACGAAGACCAAGAACACAGCCGAAUAUGUCUUCACAGACUUCUCCAACACAAGUGGCUGGAGUUCCAACGGGGUAUCGUGGCUGGUUGGCCUCUUGUCAACCGUGUAUCCAUUCCUCGGAUAUGAUGCCGCCGCACACAUGUCUGAAGAACUGCCUCGACCCUCCAAGUAUGUGCCGAUCGCCAUGCUCGGCUCCAUUAUUGUCAACGGCUUGAUCGGUCUGGUCUUCUGUAUCGUCUUCCUCUUCUGCCUCGGCGACCUCGACGAGCUGCUGAAGACGACGACCGGCUUUCCCUUCGUGCAGCUAUACUACAACGUCACACAGAACCACGUUGCGGCAACGUUCAUGACGCUCUUCCAUGCCUUUAUUGCACUGGCAGCGAACUCUGCCGGCCUGACUUCGACGAGCCGGACUGCUUGGGCUUUCGCACGAGAUCGUGCAGUGCCGUACAGCGCGUACUAUGCUCACCUCAAUCCCUCCAAUCAGCUUCCAGUGCGGAUGUGCAUUCUCCUGACAGUGCUGCAAUUCCUACUUGGCUUGAUCUACCUUGGCAACACGACGGCGUUCAAUGCAAUCAUCUCAAUGUCUAUCUUGGGGAUGUACGCAUCUUACGUCCUACCAAUCUCCUUCAUGCUAUUAUAUGGACGCAGGUCCGCCGUUCACCGGCCAGGCUGGUUCUCUAUGGGUCGCUGGGGUCCCACCAUCAACAUUAUCGCACUUCUCUGGGGCGCAGUCGCCAUUACCUUCAGCAUGUUCCCAAGCUAUCAGCCAGUCACUGCACAGAAUAUGAACUACGCUUCGCUUGUGCUUGGAGGUUGGUUCAUCAUUGGUGCCGUGUAUUACCUUCUCCAUCAGAGGAAGAGUUACGAAGGUCCUGUAGUGUUGCUGUAG